AUAAUUUGUUCUUUAUGAUUAAAGACUUUGAUAUAGAAUCCAUUUUAGUAUAAUUUGUAUGAUGAACAACUGCAAGAGUAUUCACUUUAGAAUCAAUUUUAUUCGCAUGUCUUGUAGACUACUAGAUGCUGUCCUAUUAUCUUAAAGCUCUUCCCUACCAAUUUUUAAUCUCAUAACUGUUCAGUUUAUUACUUUAAUCUAUUUUUUUUUAAUGUAGAGAGAAUAUGAGUUGAUGUGAAUAGAGAUAUAAAGCUUUUUACAGUGAGGAAAAGGAGAAAAGGAAAAGGAGCAGGGAAAAAAAAUGUAAGAUAUUAGUCUAGUACAUGAAGCAUGGUUGAACCUCAACAUAAAAUGAAUUAUCUCCAAACACAAAGAUUCACAUGACACAGGCAGCAGACAUGCGAGAAAAGAAAUAUAGGAUACAUGUUUGAAAUCAUGUUUAAUUUUUUAAUUUAAUAUCAUACUAGCACGUAACUUUUUUUAUUACAUUAUUAUUGUUUUGUUCAACUUAUUUUAAAUUCUUUUUGCUUGUGAAGAUGGACAAGGAUCCACAAGAAUCUAAUAUCAUGUCAAAUUCUGAUCAGCACUGUAACUAUGAAUUUGCAUCUCAAUUUCCAAAUCCACAUGUUCAUCCCAACUCAGAAUCUCAUCCUCUUGGUUUCCAUUUGAAUUCAACUAAUGGAUUAUAUCCUUCUCAUGUUGACCUACAAUAUGGAGCCACUCCUACAUUUCAAAGCCUGCUAAACAUGCCAAUGAUUAGAAAUCCAAUGUUAAGAAUGCUCAUUUUCCUAUAUACACUCCAACUCCAAUACCCAGUUUCCAGACUCAUGGUAAUACUACUUUGGGUAGCAACCGAAUUCCAGUUAGCACUCCAAUGGUCACUUCUCAAAUUUGUGGUAACACCACGGGCAUCAACAAUCAGAAUCAAGCGACACCAAAAAGAUUAAAACUGAGAGUUAAAGAUGUCCAAAUAUCAAGUGUUAAAAAGGAUUGGAGUGUAGAAGAAGAAAAAGCUUUCGCGAACGCAUGGUUGAAUGUGUCUUUGGACCCUAUUGUGGGUAACAAUCAAAAAGCUACUGCUAUGUGGGUUCGUAUCCAUCAAGUAUGGAAGGAAAACAUGGGGUCUGGAUGCAAAUAUCUUAGAUCGUCUAAUAGUUUACAAUGUCAUUGGUCCAUAAUACAUGCAUCGGUAAACAACUUUGCAGGACAUUAUUCUAAACUAGAGAGACAUCCUCAGAGUGGUACAAACUCAAAAGACUUGAUUCACAAGGCGUUGGAUAGCAAAGCGGAUGAUGAAAACAAGUCGCCUACAUCUGAAGAGUCCUUGUUGAAUAUCAUCGAUGAUAACACAACGCCUGAAGGUGUGGUGGAUGCAUUAAACAAAUUGCAGUCCACUUUGGCAAAGCAGAUUAGUAUUAAUGAAAAAACUUUGGAGAUGAAAAAGCAAAAUGAAGAAGAAAAUAUCCAGUUGAAAAGGCAAGCACUAAACAGAGAGAUGGAAAUGAAGAUGAAGGAACAAAAGAGAAAAGGCCAAGAACAGAUAAUGAACCAAGAUUUAAGUAAGCUUACACCUGUAGCUAGAGCUGCAUAUGAAGCCAUGCAAACUAAUAUUUUGAAAGAAUGGGAAAAGGAUGAUAUAUUUGAAAACUCACAGGAUUACGAGGCUUGAGCAGAAGACUUGGACUUAUUUUAGAGUUGUGCAUGAUUACCAUGUUGAACUAAAUAUUGUUAUUUUCUUGUUGUAUUGUUUUAGUUCUUUUUUUGUUUUUGAAAAAAUACUGAACAUCAUUGUUGCUACUUUUAUUUAUGAACUAAAUGCAAGAUUUUGUCCAA